GUUAGGUUGCCCCAGAGUGUGCAAAUAACGACGGGAACUCUGUUGGAGCUAUACCUGCCAGCCAACUUAGACUAUCCCGGUGUCUCAAGUCACCCCUAGCUAGACGUGUUACGCGAUCAUCCUCCAUCCAGACCCUCUUUUCCUGUUUCUAUGCUCUCUUCUCAUUUUGUGCCCACAGAGCGACUAGAGACAGUACAGGUGGGUGCAGGUACAGACACAGACAGGCACACUGCCAACCGAAGUGCCUCCCGUCUGCUCCUCUGCUCUCGAGCCCGCUCCUCGCUCGAGCUUCACCGCGUGUGCUUCCUGAUUGGUCGGAGCUUUGCGCAACCACCUUCAACGUCCUGUCCUGUUUACAACGACACCUCUUUUCUUCCAUCUUUUCUUCCUUUUUCUCUUUCUUCUCUCUCCCAUUCAUCUCACCUUCUUUCACCAUUCUCUCAUCAACUCUCAACCGUAUCUUGGUCGCAUACAUCCGGCGACCGCACCACUUACACAACCAUCAGCUCUCUAUAGCUAUUUGUCCCCUUUCUCUUACACGCGCGUGUAAGCUCCCAUUUCCAACCUUCACCCGCGCAAACUCCACAAAGACAACCGUCACCAUGCCCGUUGAGCUUCGCAAGCGCAAGGCCCCGCCUCCGCCUCCCGCGCCGGUGAAGAAGCGGGCCACCAAAGCCACCAAGGCCGCCGCCAAGGCCAAGGAACAAGUUGAGGACGUCGCCUCCAAGGCUGCCGAAACCGCUUCCAAGGCCGCUGAGGUCGCCACCGAGACCGCUACUGCCGCUGCCCAGACGGCUGCCGAAGCCGUUGCCAACGGCGCGGCGAAGGUGGCUACGGCUCUGGCCGGCAACCCCAAGGUCGGCGAUCUCAUCGACCUGGACAACUUUGGCGGUGAGGUUGAGACCAACGACGGCACCAAGACCAGCUUGAAGAAGCUCGUUGAGGAGAGCAAGGCUGGUGUGGUGUUGUUUACUUAUCCCAAGGCUUCUACUCCUGGCUGCACGCGGCAAGUCUGUCUCUUCCGUGACUCGUACACCGCCCUCUCCUCCGCCACCGGCCUCUCCAUCUACGGUCUAUCCUCUGACUCUCCAAAGGCCAACACCACCUUCAAGGAGAAGCAGAAGCUCCCUUACCCCUUGCUGUGCGACCCCUCGUACGCCUUGAUUGGCGCCAUCGGCCUCAAGAAAGCUCCCAAGGGCACCACCCGCGGCGUCUUUGUCGUGGACAAGCAAGGCAAAGUCCUAGCUGCUGAGGCCGGUGGCCCCGAGGCGACGGUCAAGGUGGUGGAGAGGGUGGUGAGUGAGAUGGGGGAGGAGGGCAAGACUGAGAAGAAGAAGGAGGAGGAGGAGGCGGAGGAGAAGGGUGAGAAGAAGGAAGGCGAGGAGGAGGAGAAGGCCGAAAAGGACGAGGCUAAGGAGGAGGGUGAGGAAAAGAAGGAGGAUAAGGCUGAGACCAAGGAAAGGGAGGAAAAGGCUGAGGCUAAGGAAAGUGAGGAGAAGAAGGAUGAAAAGGACGAGACCGAAGCCGCAGGGAAGAAGGAUGAAAAGAAGAAUGAGAAGGACGAGACCGAGGCCGAAGAGAAGAAGGAGGAGCAGGACAAGGACUCCGAGACCAAGGACGACGACGAGAAGAAGGCGGAAAAGAAGGAUGCCGCCACCGAGGAGGAGAAGAAGAAGGAGAAGGAGGAUACAACAAACGGCGAGAAGAAGGACGAAAAGAAGAAGACCGAGGAGAAGAAGUCUGAUGACGACAAGGCCGAGGAUAAGAAGGAGGACAAGGAGGCUGAGGAGGAAAAGAAGGACGAGAAGAAGGACGAGAAGAAGGACGAGAAGAAGGACGAGAAGAAGGACGAGAAGAAGGACGAGAAGAAGGACGAGAAGAAGGACGAGAAGAAGGACGAGAAGAAGGACGAGAAGAAGGACGAGAAGAAGGACGAGAAGAAGGACGAGAAGAAGGACGAGAAGAAGGACGAGAAGAAGGACGAAAAGACAGAAGAGAAGGAGAAGGAAGAUACCGAGAUGAAGGACGCAUAA